AUGAAUGGCACCACUGCAGAGCCUACUUACUCCCACCCACCUCGCCCAACAAGGACCUCCUUCAAUAUUACACGCGAGUUGCACGUUGCCUGCUUACUGGAUGAUGCUGAGCGGGUUACUGAAUUGCUUGCGAUGGGAGCAGAUUGCGAUGCCGUUAGCUACGCUGGCUAUUCUGCGCUUGACGUCGCUGACUUGCUGAACCGAGUGAGCAUUGUCAAAUGUCUUUUGGCCCAUGUGAAUAUCCAAGAGACCGGGAUGCUAGAGCUCAUAUCGACUGUUGUACGAGCUUUACUGGAGAUGGGUCUUAAUGACCAGCUCCAAGACGAGGCGCUGUUCCGUGGAGUUUUCCUCAUGGCCUGCUAUAUUGGAACGACUUUUGUCGUCAAUGCUCUGGUCAAAUAUGGGCCGGGUCUUUUUAUCUCUCCUUUCGAGGAUAUGUUUGUUCAUGUUGCCAUGUUUCUGAACAAUACCGAAGUAGCUGAUACGAUUCGCGAUAUUGCUGACCUUGAACGUCGCAAGAUGUUCAGAGAUGUCGAGGUAUGUGGUCCAAGAGGAAGCUCACACAGCUCAAAACCUGGCCAACACUAA